AUGACCAAUCCAUAUGGACCAGUCAAUGAGACGGCUGCCCAGGUCUAUGCUGAUAAGACAGCGCUCCAAGGAGCACUCCUUUGCAAUAUCAUAUACGGCAUACACUUCAUUCUGUUUGUUAUAUGUGCAUACAUUCUUGUACGCCAAAUGUCUCGCUCCAAUUACACGAGACAACUAGGCUUCUUGGUUUACAUCGCCACCGUCUUCAUCCUCGGCACUCUGCUUACUGUGUCCAGCUCGGCUUUCACGCAACUAGCAUUUGUUGAUAAUCGCAAUUUCCCCGGAGGCCCCUCUGUGUUUGAACAACUCAUGUCAUGGAUACCGAUCGAUCAACUCGGAAAUGUAGCACUUGUGCUUAGUAGCUUCUUUAAUGAUGCACUGCUGGUUUGGCGCUGCACAGUAGUUUACAGAGGCAGCACCAGUAUUUUCCGCUAUGCCACCACGAUAUUUCCCUUCAUCAUCUUAUUAGCCGCAAUAGUCAUGGGAAUACUUUUCCUAGCCCAAAAUUCCAACUCGUCGCCUGUCUUCCUGAACGAUGUCAUCAUUGCCUACUUCACGCUCACGCUCGCUCUCAAUAUCAUCGUCACUAUUCUUAUAGUGCUUCGACUCCUCUCUAUUCGUAGGCGCUUGAGAAGACUCCUUGGGGCUGGACACGCAACUCGCUAUGUGGAUAUAGCAGCGAUGAUUGUGGAGUCGGCAUCAUUGUUCUCUAUAUUCUCCCUACUCUUCCUAAUCCCAUUUGCUCUGAAUAACCCGCUAUCAGAAGCCUUCCUGCCGUCUUUGCCUCAGGUGCAGACGGUCUCUUCACUUUUAAUCAUUCUCCGAGCCGCGACGGGCAGAGCCUGGUCAGCAACUACCGACACAGAAAUUGUAGCAUGUACGGAUGCGGCAAAUCCUGUCCAUCUUAAUCAACUUUCGACACCAUUGGCUCAAUCGCAGAUGGGCGCCAGCCAUUUGCAGCUGUCUAAGGACACCUCGAGCAUGGCGACUAAAGUUUUUGUUAGUCACGAAUGUACAGCUACUGCAGAUGUUUGA